UGUCUGUCAUGUGACAUGUCAAAAUAAAAAACAAACAUCUCCAAUCCAAAAAAUAUUUAAAAAUAAAUAAAAAUAGACAAAUUAAAUAAUGCACGUAAAUUUAAAGUGAACCGAAGAUGUAUCGACACUUGAAGAGUUUCCUGGUGGGCUUCAACCCGAGUCUGGUGGCGGUCGCCAAGUACCAGAACUUCGUGACCACCAACGCUAUGGAUCAGAUCGACCGCAUGUGUGAGCGGUACUGUCCCGUGCCACGGUUUCCACCCCAGAAGGUGGCAGUGAUAGGCGCCGGUAGCGACGUGGGCCGCAUAGCGUCUCUAUUCCUCAAGCAGCAGAAGGUGGUGAAGCUUCUCGCGAUGUACGACGAGCCGGGGCGCGGCGUCAUCGGCGUCGCCAACGACCUGGCGCACAUCGACACCAGCACCGAGGUCGAGGCAUACCAGGGCAGGAUGUUUCUGAAGGACGCACUCUAUGAUUCGGACGUGGUGCUGAUCUGCGGCGGCUGCCACGUGAUGCCGCCGUGCUGCAACACGCCGGACCGCGUGGUGUUCUUCAAGAAUAUGCAGCACGUGCGAACGGUGUCCGUGGCGUGCGCGAGCUUCUGCCCGCAAGCGAUCAUUGCUGUGCAGACGCCGCCGGUCGACUGCAACUUCGCGCUGUGUGCUCACACUUUGAAGUUAUACGAUGUGUACGACAAGCGGCGGGUGCUGGGCGUGAACGCCAUCAACUCGAUGCGCGCCAACCAGCUGUUCUGCUCCAUCACCGGCACCGACCCCAGCGGUAGCACCACGCCCGUCAUCUGCGGCACUGGUCGCUGCACCAGGGUCCCGGUGUUCUCGGCUGGGAAGGCUGGGAAUUUCCCUCAAACCCAAGUAGACUGCCUGACUAGACUCGUGCGGGAGGCAGACGACAUUAUUUGUAAAGUGAAAAGCAACAAUGAACAAGGCCAUCUUUCCAUUGGUUUUUCCUCAGCUCGAUUCGUGGUCAAUAUCAUGCAAGGUCUUUUCGAGAAGCCUUCCUUCAUAGACAGCGCGCUGGUAGAACAAGCGGAGCCCGAAAAGUGCUACAAUAUGAAGGUCUGCGCCACCCCCCUCACUGUGGGCAAAGGUGGCAUCGUGGAGUACGCCAUCCCCAACCUUAAUGAGUUCGAGAAGGAACUACUGGAGUGCAGCAAGGUCGACCUGGAGGACAUGCUGAAUCUGGGUCGGUGUUACGCUGUGGGCGACGAGUACUUCCUGCACGACUCCAAAUACUGCUACAUCCCCCCCUGCAAGCCUUGCAAGACCGUCGUACCUCGAGAAACAAUUAAGCAGUAG